AUGGACAACCUGAAAAGGCGCGUGGCCUACAAAGCGGUCGACGACUACGUCCAGUCUAACAUGACCAUAGGACUUGGGACCGGUACCACUGUGUUCUAUGUCCUUGAGAGGAUGGAGGAGUUAAUGCGAAAUGGGCAGAUCAAGAAUGUGGUUUGUAUCCCCACGAGCAUCGACACGGAAAUAAAGGCCAAAGAUUUAGGCAUCCCUCUGACGACGCUAAAAAAAAAUUCCCACAUCGAUAUAGCCAUAGACGGUGCUGAUGAAAUUGACAUGGACUUAAAUUUGGUCAAAGGUCGAGGCGGGGCUCUCGUGAGGGAGAAGUUAGUUGCCUCCAGUGCAUCCGUUUUUAUAAUCAUUGUUGAUGAGUCCAAACUCUGCACAAACGGUCUGGGCACCAAGGGAACAGUGCCGAUUGAAAUCCUCUCCUUUGGACAUGAGAAAAUAAUUCAGAAUCUUCUGAAAAUUCCUUCCCUCCAAAACUGCAAGUACAAAUUGCGGGAGAAGAAUGGGCAGGUGUACAUAACGGAUAACAACAACUACAUCGUCGAUUUGUACUUCGCCAACCCGAUCGAGGAUUUGCUGGACACGUGCCAUAAGAUAAAGAUGACCACGGGCGUUGUAGACCACGGGAUUUUCGUAAACAUGACGAGCGUGGCUCUGAUAAGCAAACACGACGGGACGGUCCUGAAGUUGGACAAGCACGCAGGAAGUUGA